CCGUGUUCGAGAAAUCUUGAAUGUAGGCACGUGUGAUUGAAACAAGGAGAGAAAAAGAUCUUUUAGGAUUUAAUUUUCUUUUUUUGUAAAGAUUUAACAUGUCUUCGUUAUUUAACGAUGACAACUCGGAUUCCGAUGAAGAGUUAAAAAUAAAUCAAGAUUAUGCCAAUAUUUAUGAUUCCUUUCGUCAAAAAGAGGAGCUGCACAAACUAAAAGCAAGAUAUGGAGAGAAUGCUACAGAUAACGAGUUCAGUGACAGCAGUUCAUCCGAAGAUGAUGAUGAAAAUAUUGAGGAUCCACAAUUUGAUAGAGAGUUUCUCAUGACUCUAGCUUGUUUGAAAAAUGAUGACCCACGUAUAUAUGAUAAAAACGUUAAGUUCUUUAGUGAUACAGUCCAACGUAAGACAUCGGAAGAUGUAGAAGGAAAGAAAACAGAAAAAAAGAAAGAGCAGGCUCUUUCUAUACGUGACUAUGAACGUAAUAUUAUACUGGAAAGAAAUGGGCGUUAUAGCAGUGAAGAUGAAGAUGAUACAAAACAAAGUGCUAAAAUUAAAAUGCCUACUUAUAUUGAAGAACAAAAAGAACUAAAAGAUAGUUUUAAAAAUGCUUUGCAAGAUGAUGACGAUGAGGAUGAAGAUGGCAAUGGUCUUCUAAUGCUAAAACAAAAAACAGACGACGAAAAACAAAAGGAAGAAGCGUCAUACAAAAAGUGGUUGAAAGGUCAAGAAGUACAAAUAGAUUCUCAGGAUCAGAAAAUACUUAAACCACUGCGCGAUUACUGGAUAGAUCCUAAUUUGGAUCCAAAUGAGAAGUUCUUAAGGGAUUAUAUUCUGAAUAAUGAGUAUAUGGAUAAAGAAUCUUACAAUGCGGAUCUCGAGUAUAAUCAUAUUAUUCAUGACAGCGAUGAGAAUCUUUCAGAAGAUGAAAGAAAUGUUCAGAAGCAAGAAGAAUUUGAACACAAAUAUAAUUUUAGAUAUGAAGAACCCGACAAAGAAUUUAUCAAAAGAUAUCCACGAACAAUGGAAAACUCAAUGCGGAAGAAAGAUACGCGCAGAGCGGAAAAGAGAGCAGAAAUUAAAGAAAGAAAAGAGCAAGAGAAGUUGCGAAAGGCGGAAGAAUUGAAACAGUUGAAAGUGUUGGCCAGAAAAGAGUUACAAGAAAAGAUAGAAAAAUUAAAAGAAGUUUCAGGAAAUAAUGAUAAACGAUUUGAUACUUUUGAUUUUGAUACCGAUUUUGACCCGGAUGAACAUGAUAGAAAAAUGAGAGAACUUUUUAAUGAUGAUUAUUACGCUGGCGGUGAGGAUGAGAAUCACAAGCCAGAAUUCCCAGAGAUUGAUGAGGAACUAGAUAUCGAAUCCACAUGGGACAAAUAUGAUCCAACAACAGAUAAAAUCGAUCUGGAUGCUGCUUCGAACAACGAACCUCAUUGCGAAGAUCCAGAUUUCAAUAUGGAUGCUGAUUACGACGAAUCUCGAGCUUUGCAGACUGAACCUAUUGAAAAUACAAAGAAAAGGAAACGAAGGAGACGAUCUAAAUUUGCCGAGCUUCUAGCAAAAGACAAACCAAAAUUUGAUCCUCAACAAUUUCCUUCGUAUAAAAAAUAUUAUGAUGAAUAUUAUUCAUUAGAUUACGAAGAUAUAAUCGGAGAUUUACCUUGUAGAUUUAAAUAUAGGGAGGUAGUGCCCAACGAUUAUGGACUAAGUUUUGAAGAGAUUUUAAUAGCUGACGAGAAAGAAUUGAACAGAUGGUGUUCUUUAAAACAUGCUCUUAAACGCAAAUCAGAAGCAGCAGAAAAAAAUGAUGUUUCCAUGUAUAAAAAAAAAGCAGCAAACGAAGCACUCAAACGAAAAAUUUUGAAGAGUUUAUAUACUGAGCCAGAGGAAAAAGAAGAAGAAGAAAAUAUUGAGGCAGAACAAACUAACAUUAGUACUAAGAAACGCAGGCGAAAGAAGAAAGCUAAAAAUAUAAAUUCUGAUAUAGAAUCUACUAAUAUAGAUGCCGUUUCUAAGGAAACAGUCACACAAAUUGAAGAAAAUGACACAAACAAAGACAAUUUUCAAAAUAACAAUAAUAAUACGGAUGAUGUUUUGAAGAAAACUGCAACGGAAAUUGCAGAAAAUGGCACUAAUACUAACAGUAAUUCUCAUAAUACCAAGAAUAACGAAAACGAAGAUAAAGAUGUAGAAAAGAAAGAUGUGAAAAAUAAUAAGAGCAAAAAGCGGAAGCGAAAGAAUAAAUCAAAUAUUGACUCUGAAUCGAAUAAUAAGAACAAAAAGAGCAAAUCAAAUAAUGAAAACCAAGAUAAAAACAUAGAAAAGAAAGAUGUGACAAGCAAGAGCAAAAAGCUGAAGCGGAAAAACACGUCAAAUAUCAACUCUGAAUCGAAUAAUAAGAAUAAAAAGAGCAAAUCAAAUGAUAACGAGCCAAUAAUGUCCCUGAAUGCAGAAAGAUUAAAGACAUACGGAAUAAAUCCAAAGAAACUAAAGAACAAGUUGAAAUACGGUAAUAAAAAGUUCUAAAUAGUAAUUUGUAAAUAUAAAGAUGUAAUUUAUAUAUACUACAAGUAAAUACACAGUUUAA